AAAAUGCAUGGUAUGAUGUCAACUGUCAUUUAUUAUAAAUAUAACCUUAUAAUACCAUUAAAUUUUGGUUAUAAGUUCAAAUUAAAGCUUUAAAUCUUUUAUCGCAUGAAAUGGUUGAAGUCGACGUUGAACUUGGCUUUUUAGAUAGUUGUGAAUAUUGGCAAGUGGAGAGUCGUUUAUUCCCUAGUAAAGUAGGUGGAAAACCUGCAUGGUUGAAUUUGGAAAAAUUACCUUCCGCUGAACAGUUGAAAUGCAAGAAAUGCCAUGAAACGAUGAUAUUUUUGUGUCAGCUGUAUGCUCCAUUCGAAGAGGACAAUCAACAUUCAUUCGAAGAUUAUCUUAAUAAUUUCCAUCGCACUAUAUUUGUAUUCAUAUGUAGGAACAGUUCUUGUUGUGAAAGAAAUAAUAGUGAUAAUGUGAAGGUAUUACGAAGCAAUUUACAAAGAAAUAAUAAAUUUUAUCCUUAUGACCCCCCAGAAGACAAACCUGAACCUGACUUUUCUCUAAGUAAAUGGGUGAACUUGUGUAAUGUUUGUGGUUGUUUAUCAGAAAAACAAUGCAGCAAAUGCAAAAAAGUCCAUUACUGCAGUAGACACCACCAAAUUCUGGACUGGAAAGAAGGACAUAAGAAAGAAUGUGCAAGUAAAAUAUGUACUUUGAGAACAUCAAAAAUCUUGUUUGAUGAGUGGGAAAUUAUAACAGAGCCUGAAGAAAUUAAUCAAUCACAUACCACAGAUGAAGAAGAGUUAAAAAAAUUUGAACAAUUACAAAUUGAAGGAAAGACGGGAUCAAUGGUUGAUACACCAGAAUCUGAUUUAGAAACUCAUGCUGUGAGUGACAAUGAUAAAUGUUUUUCCAAAUUUCAGAAAAGAGUAAAAUAUAAUCCAGACCAGGUAGUUAGGUACAGAAGAGGUGGUCAACCAUUGUGGAUAUCUGCAGAUCCUGUCCCAGAAAAAAUACCUGAUUGUGAGGCUUGUGAAGGUCCUAGACAAUUUGAAUUUCAAAUUAUGCCACAGAUGCUCUCUUAUUUAAAAGAAGUCGAUAUUGAUUGGGGAGUUUUAGCAGUGUACACUUGUAAAAAAAGCUGUAGUGAAGACAGUGAUUACAAAGAAGAAUUUAUAUUUAAACAAGACGUAACACUAAGUACUUAAUUCUUAAAAAAUGAUUUUCACAAGUAUUUAUGAGUGGUGGUUAUGAUAUUCAUACAAACAUAUACAUAUGUCUUUAAAAGUGAAAGUAUAUGUGAGUAAUCUAUGAUGGAAAAUCUUUCGGGUCUUGAAGAGGAAUUUUUAGGAGUUUAACAAAACUUGAACAAAUUAAGUGAAUGUGUGGAAUCCAUUUCUGGAACAUUAAGAAUAGUAUAAAUUCACAAUCUUAUAAAAGUUUUGGAGCAAGAUAAAUGAAUGACAUUGAUUCAUCUUAAUAUAACUCCCAUAUAUUCUAGACUGUAUCUUUGUUGAAUUUUUGGAAGUGGUCCCCAGCUUAUUUUUGUUCAUAAAAUAUUGAUAUUUUUAAUAUUUUUGUUAUUUUGCUCUUUUUUGUUGCCACACAAAGUUAUGCAAAUUUACAAAGAAAGCACGAAGGAAGGGAACCAAAAAAUUUUUAAUAAUCUAUAAAAAUGGUUUAAACCAUGAUAAUCAAUUGUUUUUUAUAUAAAAUUAUUCAGUUUUGUAUAUACUUUUUGGAAAAAAUGAAUUCUUGGAAAGAAAUUUUUAGUAAAAUUUUCAAAGACAAAGUGUUGAAAUUUUGGUUGUCAAACUUAGUUUCCAUUUUUACCUGAAAUGCACAAAAAAAUAAGCAAAAUGAAAGAAAAAUUAUUGGAAAUAUUAAUUAUUCAAUUUUUUGUGACAAAACUUGCUCCUUUUUCUGUCUAUGAACACAAUGUUUACACUACAACUAGACCAACGCUCAGUAUUACACUGUCUAACACGCGUUUUGAUAACCAAGUUAUCAACUUCAGAGACUGAAGGAAGUAACAGUGUAAUUAUGAGUGUUGGUGUAGUGGUAGUGUAAACAGUGUGUUCAGUAUGAAUAUCACCAAUGAUUUCAAAAAUUCCAAUUCCAAAUUUCUUUCUAACGAUAUUUAAGAAAUUUGUGAUAAUUAACUGGUCUUCAGGCUAUGAAGUUGUUAACUAAAUGCUCGUUAGGGUGUACUUGUUAGUGUUGGUGUACUAGUAAUAAAAAGUGUUUCAGUAAAAUAAUUAGAUUAUGAUCUAUGAUCAAAUUAUCACUUUCAUAUGUUACAACUUUAUAAACAUGGAAUGAUAAUCCUGGCCUUGUUUUUGUUUAUAAAGAGAUGUGCUUCCAAACAUUUGGAUGGUAAUAAUAAUGAAAAAAAUAAUUGAAAAAUUAAAUAUGAUAGCAAAAAAGAACAUUUCUUAUAAAAUAUUUCAAAAAGUUACUAAAUUUUAUACAAUUAUAAUGUACAGAGUGUCUAGAAACUCUCCUGCUAAACAUUUACUUGAUACUAGAUGUGAUUUUAUGUCCAACUAAUCCCAGAUUAAAUUCUUUAGAUAUAUCACUGUUUUCAUUCUCUCGAAACGCCAUCGUGCCAUAGAACAUUUAGAUAGGAUAUAAUUGUGUAGUGCUUUUUGUUAUGCGGUCCCCUCAAAUCAGUAACCUUAAACAUCUUUCUCAUAAUUUAUUUUUUCCGUCUUACUGAGAUAUCUACAGUAUUUAAUGGUAUACCUUUAUACCUUCUUUAUUUAACUUUGUAAUUUGAUAAUAUAAAGUAAUUUUUUUAAAGCAUGCAAUUGAAAUUAUUGUCACGAAAACAUUAAAAAGCAAUAAAUGUUUAUUUCAA